AUGCCUGAUCCGGGCACAAAUGGGCAGACGAGAUUGGCCCUCAGAGCCACCACUUCCCGGGACGGAGAUGUGAAGAUGAACAGCCCAUCAUAUCUUCAAGUCGGCACGAAGAAAGCUUGUCACAGCGAAAGAUGCGCCCAUUUGCUUGACCCUUUUGCGGGGUAUUGGUAA